CGUCCUCUGACAAACAGCCUGAGAAGCUCUUGGUAGCAAGAUCAAGAUUUUUCUGCAUCUAGUGCCAUUUUUGACGCAAAGCUGAAGAAAAACAAUGAAGAUUUUUAUACUUUUACUCUCCAUGGUAGUCAGAAGUAGUCAGCUGACAUUAAAUGAAUGUGGAGUUGAAGCCAGGCGUCCGCAGUACAAUGACAUUGCAGUGGAGUGUGGUACUUCAUCCAUCACUCUGGAGAUUAAGCUCUGCCCAGUCAUCUACACUGGCUACAAUGAGUCCCUGCUGAUCCUGAACCACAUGAUGCAGUCAGAAUGCAGAGCAAGCCUUGAAACUUCUGGAGGUUCCCCUGUGGCUCGAUUUACCUUCCCGCUAAAUAUGACCCACGCAUGUGGAAGUGUAUUUUUGACUACCAGUGCAGCUGGCACAGGCGUAUUCUCAGACUUCUCCAACAUUCAGACUGUCAACAUCAGUGGUAUCGUCCGGUCCGUUGACCCCACCACAGGCACGGUCACCUACAAUGCUGAGCUGAAGUACUACUACUCCUGUGCUUACCCCCUAGAGUAUCUGAUCAACAACACCCAGAUCGAUGUGUCGGCCUCCUCCAUUGCAGUGAGGGAUAACAACGGUACUUUCAUCAGCACCUUGAGCAUGACGCUGUACAGUGAUGAGAACUACACUGAACCACUGAUCAUCCCAGAAGCAGGCAUUGAACUGAGGACCAGCGUGUAUGUCAAGGUCAAGGCCACCAACUUGACAAGCCAGUACCAUGUAUUACUCGACCGUUGUUACGCCUCCAUCUCCCCACUCCCGACGAACUCCAGCUUCUUCAACCUGUUUGUCCCCUGCAACAAGGACAGGUUAACCACCAUUCUCUUAAAUGGAGAGGCCCAGGAAGCCAAUUUCAAGUUCCAAGCUUUCCGUUUUAUUGAGCAGCAGAAUGAGACUGUCUCCACCUAUUUCCUUCACUGUAUCACCCGGCUGUGUGAGAGGAGCAUCUGCAGCACCUUCAGGGAUUGCAACCAAAGACGGAAGAGAAGCACCCUGGAAACAAGUGAUGUGGAAAGCACUGACACUUACACCCUCACUUCUCCAAUGAUCACAACCGCCAGUGACACUUCAUCAUCGAAAGAGCAGGCUGCUGUUGCAGAUGAACGCAGCGAUUCUACUGCUGGCCUCGGUGCAGCUGUGGGCGUCCUCGCCUUUGUUUGCAUUGUUGCCCUUAGUGUUGCAGCCAUCUUUUACAUGAGGCUCAGGAACUAAGGAGGCAUCACUGAGCUGAGAUAAAGGAUACUGAACACUCCCUGAAGUGUACUGUAUCUGUUUGCUCAUUCAAGUUUUCUGGUGAUGGAUCGGGCUUGCCUCCUCAUUGCAUCCUUUGGGAGAUCUUUUUACAUUCCUUAUUGUAGCAAUACAUGUGUAUUAAUCCUGCAAAAAUAGUCAAGGAGAGUGGCGUGCCUUUAGAGGACCUAGAGGAUUUAGUUAGUGUUUUAAAUUCACUCAAAUGGACAAAAGAAAGCUAUAAGUGUUAAUGCAUGUCUGCACUUUAUAAGCUUUAAAAUGGGAGCUGGAGGGAAAAUAGACAAAAAUAUUACAGAAAUUACAGUGUCAGUCUUUGUAUGAGUAAUGGUAGGUGUGUGGAUGUUUUGAAAGAGAAGUCAAAGUACCUUUCAAAGUAUUAUGUCUCUAAUUUAUUAUACUCCUUUCCUUGCCUUAAAAUAUAUAAAGCUUUUCAAACAAAAAAGCACAACUGCCUUAAAACAGAGUCUGUCUGUGUGUGUUAUUGAUUCGCUGCAGCAAACUUUCUAAAACCAGCUCACCAAGCACAUAAGCCACACCAUCGUGAGUUCAUCUACUGAGAAAUAUUAUAUUCAUAAUUGUUUCACUGAAAAUGAAAAUGCUGAAGUGUGUGAACAGCAUGUUGUUGUGUUUAUUGAAUGCAAUUAUACAACAAUAACUGUAGAGCUAUUUUCCAUGUUUGGAAUUGAUUUUGUCUUUACUUCUCUUCAUUCAUCUACUGAUGUUUAAAAUAAAUACAACAAUGUCAAA